GUCUUCAUCAUCAUCAUCAUCGUCAACAAAUAUAGCUGAUGAUAAUAUUAGUAAAAUGAUAAUAAUCAAAAUAGGUCUCCAACAUUGUCAAUUUUAACAACAUCAACAACAACAGUAUCGUCAAUUCUAUCAGUGUCAACAACGACCUCAAAUUCAUCAUUAUCAACGACAUUGACAUCUACACAAUCGACAUCAUCUGUAUCAUUGAAUUCAUCAAUAACACCAAUAACGACGACUGCGACAACAUCUUCGAUUAUAGUUAAUAAUAAUAAUACGGACCAAAUCAUUAAUUUUACACAGCCAACAAUAAUAUCGGCUACAAACGUUACGGUAUUAUCAACUACUGCUACUGCUGCAACAACAGCAACAACAACAACAACAUCGACAACGAAUAAUAAUAAUAAAUCAAAAAAUUCAAUGCUCCCUCCACAAUCAACACCUAAUAUUUUAUUAAAUAUUAAAUCUGAACCGGAAUCACCGCCGGAUAAUCUGAAAACUGCGAAAAAUAACACUGCCAAUCGUUUGAAUCAAUCACAUCAUAAUCAACAACAGACACAACUACAGCAACAACAACAACAACAUAUUCAACAUCAAACACAGCGACAAUUAAGUUCCAAUUCCGAAACAUCGACUGAAAAUAAUACUAAUCCCAGUCCACCAGCACCUUCAUCAUCAUCAUCAUCAUCUACGGCAUCUCAAUCACCAGCUAAUAAUCUCAAUAAUUCAAAUAACACUGCAAAUACAGUAUCUGGCACCAUGUUAGCCUCAAGCGGUCCCUUAACCGCUAAUACUCCAAAUAAUAAUCAUAUGAUGGAUUAUCAUACCCAACAACAACAACAACAACCCCCCCACCACCUUCAUCAUCAUUGA